UAUGAAAUAUGAACAGAAAGAUUUUAAAUUAUAGAUAAAAAUAGGAAUACUUUUAUCAAACUCUGUGCUAUUAUUUGAAAGUUAUUUUUAAUAUUUUUUUCUAACGGAAUGUCGCUUUUCACCCCUUUUUUUCAAAGCUGGAGAUAGAAAUUAAUCAUAAAAAUUUAUUGAAUUAAUCGUUUUUCUUUUUUUCAUGGUUUAUGAUUGCCUAUCGAAAUAUUUAUAUUAAUUAUUAGUGCCUAUCGUUUUUGAAACAAUUCAGUUGAACUUGAGAAACUAAAGAUGGAUAUAGAAGUUGAGUGCGGCUUCAAUACGAAUGAUGAAACAAUUAAUUUUGGGAGUAGAAAAAUUGCCGACAAUGCUCCUUAUGAAUCUGUCACAUUUGCUUCCUUGAAAAUUAAAGCAAACAGUUUGAGAGAACCUGCAAUUGCAUCAAAAUUAAAUGAGGAUAAAUUAUACUGUAGUGUCAAUGAGUUUUUUGGAGUAUUUCUAGAUGGAGAACGUAGUACACUCAAAUUUUUCCAUACUGCUGAUCACAUCAUUGAUGAGUUUUUCUAUUAUACUUCUAGCAAAUUACUCUUUUUAUUCUUGAGAGAUGGCUCAUUGCAAGUUCUGAAGGAAAUCUCAGAAGAAUUCAACGUUUUACAUAAAGUUGAAAUAGUAAAAAAUGAACAGUUGGAUGAGAAGUUUUUCAUCAACUCCUAUUCUUUGGAUUUUGAGCAAAACAAGAUAUAUCUAUUGUUGGUUACUUCAAAUGGACAAAUAUUAAGAUUGAAUAUUCAGGAACCUAUUGAUUCAAAUAUCACAUUAUCUCCUGAAACAAUUCGUAAUAUUGAAAGUAAAAUUGAACAUUCAACAUACAAUAAUGGAAAAUUGUUUCUUCAUGGUUCCAAAAUGUGGGUUCUAGAUUUGCUUACAGAUAAUCUGAUUUCAUCCAAUCCUCUUGAUAUCAAAUUUGUAAAGUUCACUGGAUUCAUGAUAUUAUCUCUUCUAAGUUCCGGUAAAGUAGCAUAUAUCUGUCCAGUUACUUUGCAGCAUUACUUCAAAAAUAUGGACCAUCCAAUUAAUGAAAUGUCUAUAAUAAAUGAUGAAAGAGGUAAUAUGAAAUUUAUUACUGCUACUUCUAUUAAAGAUGCUUCCGGAAAUAUUCAACUUUAUUUAUUCCGUCCAGAUUUCUCUAUAAUAUAUACUUUAACAAUUGGCAAUGAUGUAAUAUUAACCAAUAUGGAUUCUGAAGUGAAUGAAAUCAAAUAUAUAUCUCUGAUCAAAAGUGAAGGAGAAUUGAACGAACUCCGCUUCCAAACCAUUGUUGAAACGGAUCCACAGAAACGUCUGAAAAGACUGCUUCGCAGAAAUAUGUUUGAUGAGGCUGAACAGUUUGCCAGAAGUGAGAAUCUCGAUGUCAAUAUUGUUAGUAAAGAAAAAGCAAAGGUGAUAGCAGAAAAAUGGAGGAUUACCAGCCGGGACGUUGAUGUGCUCAUAAAUAUUUUUAACACUUUAGACGACCAUUUAUUUAUUCUGGAGUGUUGUUCAAUAGUAGAAGAUACUUGUGAGAAUGCUGACGAUCUUAUAAGAAUAAUGAAAUAUGCCUGUAACAUACAGGCAUCUAAGAAAGAUGAAACUGCGAAAGAAAUGCAAUACAAUUGUAAUAGAUUGCUUAUAAAAUUCAACCUCUUCAGACUCGCAGGAUAUUGUGAUAUGAAUCAGUGGAAGUCUUUUUCUGAUGAAAACUUGAUUAAUGAAAUGAAAAAAUUACUCAAACAGCAAAAAAUAUUUCAAGCCAUUACCGUAUAUAGUCAUUUAUCACAAACUGAAAUAGAAAGCUUAGAUGAGAAGUGCAUUCAGGAAAUACUCGAUUUGUUGAACGCCAUAGAUCUGUAUGACGUUAAUCCUAUUCUUCCCAAGUUUAUGUCAUUAACGUUAAAAUGGUUACCGUCAUCUCUAAAGUUAUUUAUGGAUUGGUUGGAGAUGAAGAUGUUCCAUUUGGAAAAACAGCACAGCCAUGAGUUCCCCGAAAAUGCCAUUGAAUUUUUGCAAGCUAAUUCUAAAUGUUUAAACAUAAAACACACAAAUUCGUAUAUGUUAGAUAAGGAAAUCAAGAAUUGCAGUGAAAAAGUUGAAACAUUGCUCAAAAUACUCAAUAAUGCAGAAAUUUUGAAAUCACAAUUUGGAGUGAGAAUGGCUGUGAGUGAUUUGAUGCAGGAACCACAAAUUGUUGUGAGGAACCUUCUCAAUUUAGAUCUCACAAUUGAUGUGUACAAGUCAAUUCUCCAAGAAUUUACAUAUAAAUAUAUCAUUGAGAAUAAUUUGGACCCUGAUGAAAUAUUUUAUAAUGCCCUUAUUGACAGCCUGAAAUAUCAAGAAAGCUAUUGGUCAAAUACUAUCGGGUCCAUACUAAGUUGCAUAAUUUCACAUGAUCUAAAAUUGCAAGCAGUUGAAAAAAUUUUCAGUAGAGCUAAAUUGCCAUGGAGUGAUAAUGUGAAACAAAUUGGGAUACAGACAUUGAAAGAAUGCUAUCCGAAAUCUGGCAAUGUUCAACAGCAAAUGGCAGAAGAGCCUAAAAUGACAGUUCUGAGCAGAUUAGAGUAUAAAUUCGAAAUCUCUAAUUCUAACAUAUAUGACUUGCAGUUUCUGGUGAGAAGAAUUAUACGUUGUAAUUUACCAUCUAUGAUAUCUGAUGCUUUCACAGUAUGCGAAGACAAAGAUUAUCACAAAAUUGAAACUAUGAGACUAUUACUACAUCAUUUUAUUGAAAAAGGAGAUUUCAAUAAUGUUUUCAAAUUACUGGAGGAAGAUGAUGUUAUUGUUAAAGAAGGUCUAGAAUUUGUUCUGGCUGAUAUAGAUCAUAUAAGUGAAAUUUGGACACCUUCUGAAGCUGAAAACUAUGCAUAUAUUUUAAAUUCGAAAGAUUUGACUGAACAAUACAAUUCCUUAUGUAAAAAUGAAUUUGAUUCAUAUAAGUGGCAAAAAGAGACAAGUUCAUUUUUUGCAGCAUACAAAAUUAAAACGUAUUUUCAUGUGGAAGUAUCAGGAAUUGAUAUAUCUCAGCCUGAUAUGAGAAAAAAUCUGAUAAAUGAAAUCAGGCCAAAAAUUAUACAAGAAUAUGAAAGUGGACAUAAAUCACUUUUGGAAAUGCUGGAAUCCCUGAGAGUUUUAGCAACAAUUAUGGGCAUCAGUAAAGAGAAGCUUUAUUCUCAGUGUUGGAAAAUAGUUAAAGUUAACAAAAAUGAAUUCCUGUAUAGAGUUGCUGAAGAAUUUUUGAAUGACUCAGUUAAUGUUAAAUAUCUAUGUCUCCUUGUAGUAUAUAUAAUGGAAAACAUUUAUUAUAAAAAUGUAAGCCCAGAAACUGAAAGUUCAUUCUCAGAUUCGUUCUCAGCUUCUUACGGAACAGAAGCGACAAACUCUUAUUUUGGAAAAUUUAUUAAAAUGGCAUCACAAUUGAUAUCCAAGGCCAUUUGGAAUGCUGAUGUUGAUGAUUUAGCAGCUUGUUUGAAAAUAGUUCCAUGGGUGAACUCUAUCUUCUUUUUUAAUAGAUAUAAAAAGCAAGAUAAACAGUCUGAUGUUUUUAGUGAUGACCUUUUUGCCAACGAUAUCAUUCCUAGUUUUACAAGCCUUUUAGCUAUCCACAAAGUGUUCAAUUUGUAUACCUCGUUUAUAGCACAAUCAGAAAAUAUCAGUUAUAAAUACCUCUCAUACUAUCAGAGAAAUGGAGAAAUAAUGUCAGAGGAAUGUCUUCUGAACCGAAUCCAAGAUUUGGAGGUAUACUUGGUUGUUUUAAAUCAAGAGAGCGAGUCGUUGCUAGCAUACAAAUUGUUGACUACAUUACAAACUCAAUUAAUGGUUUAUGGAGUUUUAGAUCCACGAAUUUAUGGGACCUUGAAAGGAAUUAUAAAAAAACAUUUCAUACCAAAUCUGAUUCAACAUUCCCUUUUGAUGGGUCAAAUAAACAAGAAUUUGUUACAAACAUCUUUGCGUUGGUGUGAUGCCGAAGAGACAGAAAAAUUCAUUGUACGCACCAUGCAGCAUAAUAGAAAAAUUCCAGAGAGAGUCACAGUAAUAUCCGAAAUUGCUGUCAGAUUGUUCGAUUUCCACAAAAAAAAUGAACUUUCUUCAUAUUUCAAAGAAGUUAUGCUUAGUGCUUCCUGGUGGGAAAGAUUGAAACACCUCAAUAUUGAACUAGAUUUGUUCUUUAGGGAAACUAGAGAAGGAAGACUGAAACUUAUUAUACAAUCUGAAGAAUUUGAUAUCAAACUUAUCAAAGAUUAUUGUGAAGAUUACAAUCUGGCUGAUAUACAGUCAUUCUAUUUAUUCUAUCUCAAAACUCAUUUAUUGAAGUGGAAACCUCGAUAUGAAAUAGAAACAAAUAAUAUUGGGAGAAGGAAACUCAUUAUGAAAGGAAAUCAACAAAAAGAACUAUUUCAAAAAUGUGAGGAAGUUUUACAUUAUAUUGUCAAUAAGGAAAAAGUAGAGAAGAUGUUAGAAGAGAUUUGGAGUCAAGUCAAUUUCUAUUAUUACGAAGUAUUCAUUUGUAUAUUAGAUCUGUAUAGAGAAAGGUCAUUCAAACAUUUAGAAUUGAUGUUGAAAUUUUUGGAAACUUACGAAAGGAUAAAUAAACCAACCGAUAUUGAAAUUGAAAAAUGGUUCAAUACCUUCUCGGAUUCCCAGUCUAUAGAACCAUUAUCAGAAUUCAGAAUUUUAUUCAAUAGCUCAUUACUGGAAUCUAAAGAUAUUUGGAAUAUUAUUCGCAAAGAAAUCAGUUUGGAAAAUUGUACAAAAUGGUUUGAAGCAGUACAAGCUUUCAGCUAUUUAAACGUGGACAACAUUUGUUCAUUUUUAGUUAAGGAACUGGUAGCUCAGGGUGUACUGAAAAUUAUAAAACCAGGAGAUUGGGUGAUACCAAAGCAUACACUCCUAUUCAAUGAAAUUGAUAAUUGCCUAGAUUACAUGAAGGAUGAUAUGAAGAAGUUAACUGCUGCUUAUUUAUUGCUAUCAAACACACCUGAAGGUGCUGAUCAAGUUACGAUUGCUGAGAUUGCAUUUAGAUAUGCAAAUGAAUAUAAAAUGAAAACUAGUGAUUCACAGGUUUCUAUUGCUAAGAUUGAGAAGAAAUACCAAAGGUGUUUAUCCAUGCAGAUAUUACAUAAGCACAAAUUAGCAGAACCGCAUUAUAUAGAUUUGAUACUGAACAUUGAACAUCUAUUAUUAGCUCUUUACCAUGAUGAGAGAAUAGUUAGAAAAAUGAACAAUUUUUGCCAAUAUUGUCCAGACAUAAAUACUGCAGCCGAAAAGUUGGCCGAAGUAUUUAAUUUUGACAUAAAACAAUUCCGAGAAAAAUUAGUUACCAAUUACCUGAUGGAUUCCAAUUUGAUUGACUUUAGUGGCGAUAUUGCAAUAGAAUAUUUGAAAAAGCUGAAUUCAAAUGAAAAAAGUGAAGAAGAGAGAAGUGAAAAUAACCUCAAAAGGGCUGCAUACAUAUGUUCUGAUAAAAUUCUGAUAUGGCAUGAUUAUCUAUGGAAUAAAGAAUAUAGGAGUAAUAAGUCCGACUUCUAUAGGGCUAGAUGUGUGAAGUGUUUGCUCAUAUUUGCAGAUAAAAUAGCAAUUACUACAUUAUCCAAACAGAGCUUUGAGUCCAUUUUGGCUAUUUAUGACCAACUCACACUCUCCAGUAUUUUGUCCAAGUUUGGCCUACAGAUAAAUUUGAAUGAUACGAGUACUUGGAACAUUGUAACAAAAAAACUUGCUCUUAUUGGUUCUCGAGAUAGUGUUCUUGCCAUGGCCAAAGUUUGUAAGAUACUAAAGAUAAAGAAAAUGAAAUAUUGGGAAUUCAUAAUUGGAAAUAUGGACCGUUGCAAAAUGUAUUCAGAUCUAAUAGAAUUUCUAGAAUACACAAAAAAUGAAGAUUUCAAAUAUGAGAAGUUCUAUAUAGAUGCAUGGACAAAUCUCAUUGGUUAUACUGUAAAUAAAAUUUUGACAUUGGAAGAAAAUGAAAAAGAAGAUAAAAUAAGCAAAGACUUAAUUAUACUGCAAAAAUGUCCUGUUAUGUUUUUACUGGACUUGAAUGAUUUAAUCCAAAAAUGCAUUCAAUCAAAAAAUCAAAGAGUUGCUGAGAUAUUAGUGCAAUAUUUUCCAAAGGACGAGUUUCUAGAGUCCACCUUGGAAUGAUAUGGAAAUCAACCACAACAUAUCAUAUAUGUAUAUAAUAAUUUAAGGUACAAAGCUAAACAAUUGUACAAUAUUGUUCAAAAACAAAGUUGAUUGUAAUUACAUACGUGAAUGUUUUAUUAAUAAAUUUUCUUACAGUGACUUAAUAAGACACAGUGGCGAUACUAGUGGUCUCGUUUUUGAUUGGCUGCCGGUUUCUGAGCCUAAAUAUGGCGACUUGUUCAGUCAAACGUAUUCUUAAGUUCUUUGGUUAAGUCCCGCCCCAUUUGCCGUUUUUAGGCUCAAUUUAAAAGUAUUGUCGCCACUGUGUUUUAUAUAAAUAUGCCGCUACCUUUAUCCUUAUUAUCAAACUUGUAUACCGAGUUCUAUAUGAUACAGUUUUCUACCAUAAUUAUAGAUAUCUAUAUUCGGUAUGUUUUAUCAUCUAUUGGAAAGUAUUGUAUAUCUGAAAAAUCAAAAAUAAAAGACUGAGGAUUUCCCAAUACUUAUGAUAGAAAACAACAAAAUUUGUAAUACAGCUAAAAAAUUAUCAGGAAAAAGAAAAUAACAAGAAAAAUUAUUUUAAAAAUAUAAUGCUAUAUUAAAUUUGGCCAACACAACAAUUGUUGCAAAUAUUAAAUAAUUAGUAAAAA